AAUUCGCUCAUUAUAAAAUGCCAGCUCUUCUAUCUCCCCGACUUAUCUCCCCGCUAUUCCUCUCCUAGAUCCGGUUGUUGAAGGUCGUCGAUUCUGUGUUGAGAGCGAGCAGCAUGGUUCGGGGGACUCUUGAGGUUCUUCUCGUGGGGGCCAAGGGCCUCGAGGACUCCGACUUUCUCAAUAAUAUGGACCCUUAUGCCAUCCUGAUAUGUCGCACUCAGGAGCAGAGAAGCAGCACUGCAACAGGCAAAGGGAGUGAGCCUGAAUGGAAUGAAACGUUUGUGUUCAAUGUCUCCGAUGAUGUUCCCGAACUCGCCAUCAAAUUAAUGGACAGUGAUACUUUCUCAGAUGAUUUUGUUGGAGAAGCAAAAAUUUCCUUGGAGCCGCUCUUUUCAGAAGGAAGGAUUCCUCCUACCAUAUACAAUGUUGUGAAGGAUGAAGAAUAUCGCGGGGAAAUUAAAGUUGGCCUCACCUUCAUUCCAGAGGAAAAUAACCACAGGUUUGCUGAAGAGAACUACGGGGGCUGGAGGGAGUAGUCUUUUGAAUCGGAACAAAUCUGGAUCUUAAUAUCUGCCUUUUUAUCUCAUUCCUGAUGUAAUGCUCUCUAAACUUCUCAUGGAUAUUUUUUUGCACAACAGCUUUUAUAAACACAGACAGCAAAAGACAGUUUCCAUUUUAGCCAUCGUACAAUUUUGGUUUUUCUUUCAUUUCUUAUCUUCUCCAAUCUGUGUCUGUAAUAGAGAGAAGAUUUUUUUAUCAUCCAGAUUUUGUCUUUUAUGCAUCAGCAUUUGAUCAACAGUUUCAUUGAACUUAUUCCUGUUCUUUUAA